AUGGUGUUCCAAUUAGCAAGAUCUUUCGUGUUAUGCAGACCGGCAAAAAUAGCGCCAGGUGCUUUAUCAAGAUUAUAUUCAACAGAAGUUCCACAGUUUGAGACAUUAGCUGUGUCAGUGCCUAAAAAGAAUGUUUUCCAUGUUGAAAUGAACAGGCCUAAACAACUUAAUACAUUUUCUAUGACUAUGUGGAAGGAACUAAAUUAUUGUUUUUCUUCUUUGAGUGAUAAUUCUGAAUGCAGAGUAAUUGUUAUAUCUGGAAGAGGAAAACAUUUUACUGGUGGUAUUGAUUUUAAGAGUUUUCUUGAAGAAGGAACUAAAUUAGAUGAUAUAGAAGAUGUUGGCAGACGAGCGCGAGCAUUUGAGAAAUUUAUUACCCAAUGUCAGGAUGGUAUAUCAGCCCUCGAAAACUGUGUGAAGCCAAUUUUAUCGGUUGUGCACAGUGCUUGCGUCGGCGCAGGAGUGGACCUGAUCACAGCAGCUGAUAUGAGAUAUUGUACUGAAGACUCAUGGUUUCAAGUGAAAGAAGUGGAUAUUGGUCUAGCGGCUGAUGUUGGCACUUUGCAACGAUUGCCUAAGGUAGUUGGCAACACUUCCACAGUACGUGAACUUAUAUACACAGCAAGGAAAGUGAUGUCCAAAGAGGCGCUUGAAUUGGGACUCGUCAGUAGAAUAUACCCCAAUCAAGAGAUAGCAAUCAAAGAAGUAUUAGAAAUUGCUGAUUCCAUCGCCAAGAAGAGUCCCAUCGCUGUACAGAACUCAAAGAUCAACCUGGUCUACUCACAGAGCAGACCUAAUAAGGAUGGAUUAUAUCAUAUCAACCUAAUCAACCAAGCGAGUUUACAAAGUGAAGACCCGAAGAGAGGCGCUAUGGCUGCUGUUACCAAAUCUGUUCCGGAAUAUGAAAAUUUGUAA